AAACAAAGACGGCGAGAGAGGCAGGGAGAGUUGCCUCUCCCCGCAGCUCCCUGCCACGCCAGCCAGCGCACACCAGAGGAGAGAAGCCCUGCCAUGGCACAGCCAUCGCUACCAGCUUUUAGCCGAAGUCUGGCGUGAUCGCAGGUAAAAAAUUUCUUCCUUUGGUGGUGGUGCCUGUGAGUGUGUGUGUGUGUGUUUGUGUCUCUAUGGAAGCGGGGGUGGAGGGGAGCGGUGGGGCUUACCCCCCCUCCCCCCCGCCCCCCUUCUCCUUCGGAGCCUGCUUUAGCAGCAAGGCAGCUGAAACAGAACUGCUGGAGGGAAGAGAAACUAUCCGUGAUGAAUCAUUUGGCUUUGUGCAAUCUUUACCUAGGACAGAGGGUAAAUGUAUUUUAACAUACGUGUGUUAUUUCUUGGGAAGGGGGUGUGGAUAUGGUAUUCAGCGAGCACUAAGGUAAGGUACUGAGUCAAACUUUCUGGAUUUUAAGGCAAACUUUAAAAAACAAAAUUUGACCUUGCAAGCAGGAAAGUUUUACCUUCGCAGGGAAGUAAGUUGAAGCUGUCGGCUGCCAGAGAGCUCCAAGGUGGUGGUGUCUAAAUGCCUGCAGAUCUGCAGCACUGGGGGUACAGGAACUGAGAAAUGAAGUCUUAUACAAUCUUUGCUUUGCUAGUGAAGGCGUAGUUGUAAUGCUGUGCACCAAGCAGGUAAAUGUGGACUUUUUGUAGGGUCCAUCUAUAGCCAUAGAGCAGCUGCCCAGGUCGCAGCACUUACUUCUCUUGCUGAAAAGUUUUCUCUGUGUGUGUGCAUGUGUGUGUGUGUAGGUGUGCAUGUAAGAGAGAAAGAGAGAAUGAGAAUGCUGGCUCUAGUUCUUAAGUGUGAAAAGUUAAUAAAUACAAAGAAUAAGCAUGUGAGGCCUUUCUGCUUUAAUCUAGAUUGUUUGCCAAGAGGAUUGAAGACUUACAAAAUGAAAGCAUUCAGCUGGAUAGCUUUGAACAAACUGAUUUUACAUGUAGUUGUAAACUGAGUAAAUUAAUUAGCAGUGCCUUCUUAUGCAACUGUUCUGUUGGUCAUCAUGGCUCUGCCAAUCCCAAGCCAUGGCAUGGGCUUGUGCAGGUCGGAAGUAUCAUCUUGCUGUCCCUCGAUUCAGAGUGCAGGAGGUGCAGUUACACCUCAAAUUGGCUCAGGGAAAAAACCAAUCAUAUUUACUGCCAAAAGCAAGUUUUGGGGAGCUAACUUACUUGAAAAUGUUGCAGGCUGCCCCAGGUCCCAUGUUAGAUUCCAAGUGGGCAACACGUAGAUGUUCACAGCAUUUAUCAGGCGGUGUCAAUGUUGCUUUAAGUCUGUAACAUGAAAACAAAGCAAACUCGACUGAAGGAGCUUGCUAAAGACUGUUUAGCCCAUAAGCAAAUUCCGUUGCUGAAAUAUUUCCAGGAGUGGCAAUAACCCCUCCAAAAGAGAAGGCGAUGAAAAUGCAGAUAGUAAGUGUAGCUGCAUUAACUGCCUCUAGAUCAUGUCCCUGAAGACGUCCAUCAAAGCCUGAGUCCUGAAGAGGUUCUGUUUUACCUGCUGUGGCCUGUUGCAGCAUCACACUCUUUCAUUCUCAUUCCAUGUUUUUACAAUAAAACUUGUAUGAGCAUUGGCUCCAGGUACUCAGAGGAAAAGCUCAUAACCCUGGGAGAGAGACCUGGAUGGGCUUUGGAUGGGAAAUACCUGCUUGCCUGAGUGUACAGGCUGGUUCUGACCAGAAGGGAACUCUACAGCAUUUCCUAUUGAUCAUGAUGGGUUUCCUUGCUCAAACUUUGGAGAAAGCUGUGUGUGUUUCUUUCUCAAAAGCUGUUAACUGCAUUGUACAGGAAAGGGGCUUUGACAAGGAUCAAUUUUUAUUGCACAGCAAAGACUUGCAUUUUCCAAAUGCUUAAGGAUAUAGCCCACAGCAUUAAGCGUCUUUGCUUGGAUUUGAACAGAGUUACCUUGUUUAUGUGCAAGAACCACAAAGGUUAUUUUAAAUCAUUGCGGGGCUUAAUGCAUGUUUGUGCUCUGGCACCAAAAAUUCAAGAUGAAAUAUAAUUGUGUUGAGUUUCUUAUCAACAAAGGGCCAUUAUUUGUAGACUGUAAGUGAAACAAGACAUCAGCAGUGGGGGAGCACGUAAUGUCAGCUUUCAGCGUUUAAGGUUAUUAAGUUUUUUUUGUCGCUUUUUCUUUUAUUUGUUUGUUUUGGUGGGGGUUUUUUAAUGACUGCUUUCUAGGGAAUACAGAUUGGAACUGACACAAAGCUGACCGGGGGUAAAGUAAUAGAGCAGGCAGGCUGCAAAGAAAAAUGACAAAUAAUUAUCAUGAUUAAUACAGGAAAGUUCAGCGCAAAAAUGGGCACCAGAGUAUUUGCAUGGCGCAGUGAAAGACAACUGUGAUAUAUAAAUAGACAAGGACUAUAAAUAUUGAAUUUCUCCUUGUAUUUUAAAGUUUAAUAGACUCAUCUAAAUAUCAAAACCUGUAGUGCACUGUGGGCCACUGCGGAGUUGACAUCUGCAGUGGAAAAAAAAAUAAAUAAAAACUAAAAACACCAAAAAAAACCCCACAACUCCAGGACAUUUCCCAAACUGUAGCCUGGAAAACUGGGAGGACUUCUUCAGGCAGUUCUCCAGCACUCCCAGCUAAUUAUAGUGCUUUACACCGAGCCGCUCUUGAGAUAAGUGCAACUAUUUUCUUCCCUAGCACCGGUGAGUUUUAUUCCGGAGCUUAAACAAACAUCCCCCAGCGCAAUGGGCACAGCAGGCAGAGGGAGCAGCACGGAACACUGCGUGCAGACCAUUGUGUAAACACUGGGUGUCUUUUCUUCCCAAACAAUGCAAUAGUCCGUCAGCACUCCGCACAGAAGGAAGCUGCUGGUAAAGAGUGGAUAAAAGUAUUAUUAUACCUUGGUAGCACGGGGGUAUAGUGCAGGAGAAGGAAUAGAGGAGCCCUUCUAUAAAAGAAACCCAAUGGCAAAGUUAUUAAUAUUCUCAGAAAUAAAAAGGAAUUAACAUUUCAGGUGAGGAAAGAAAAGGCUCUUUCUUCCCAUCCAAAAAUCAAUACAGAAUUCCAAACCGAUUAUUUAUGUCAUUUGAUUCCCUUUCUUUAUACGUUUCUCCCGGCUACAGAUACUGAGCUGUCAGGAUAAUUUGCAUGUACUGUAUCUGAUAUCUUUUAUUUGCAAACACUCUAAAGCGCCAUAAAACGCCUCUCGUUGUAGUCUAACUCGAUCUGAGGACUAGUAUUUUCAUCUGUAAAUUAAAGCAAUUACGCAGCAGAUAUUAUAUUAUGUGUACUGUGGUCUCCAGAUAGUCAUCAAUCACCCUCAAUCGAGCUGUCAGUGUGGGCAGAUUCGUUUCUGGGAGGCAGUCUUCCAGCUGGGGAGAAGAAGAGAAUAUCAUCAUUAAUUAGAGUGUGACCCUGGGGCUAUUCACAUGUCUGAACCCAGGAAUCUCUCUGAGCAAGUCUGCACACCAUGGAGCAGCGUUCGACUGCACCAGCAGCCCCGCUUCAGCCUCGGAGCUGACUCCUCCGCUCCCUCCGUCCAGCCGGGGGCUGCCCGCUCGCCCUGCCUCGGUGGCACCGGCCGGCGGGGCAGAGGUGCUGGGGCUGCCAGCACCUUCCCCCCACGGCCCGUCCCCUCCGAGCGUGCUGCAGGGGGGGAUUGCUGCCUGCUCGUGUCCCAGACCCCCAGAGGGUAGGGAGGCUGAUGGCAGCGGUGGGAUGGGUCGGGUAGAAGCGGGUGUUGGAAGUUAAGAGAUGGGAUCAAAGUCUUUUUAACGUGGAAAGUCACAUCUUUUCCAUCAUGCCCCGGAAGACGCUUGUAGGGUUUUCUACCUGUAAUCACACGCCUGGAAUAAAAGCCGAAAAGAAAAGGAGGAUUGCUUAUCAUGUGCUUUAUUGUCAGCGUUAGCGCUAAUUUUAACUGUUGAUUAAAUCUUAAAUGAAGACUCAGUCGUGUGUCCCUUCAUAUGUCUUGUUUGUAAUUGAGACUAAUUAUUACUGUGGGGUGGGAAGAAGCAGCUGCUCAUUAAUUAAUUUCUAAUUAAAAGUGCUUACUAGCCUUUCAGUGACUAAGGAGGGUGGGGAAAAUAGCUGAUACAACAUUGAUCCUUCAGAUUAAAAACAUUCAUUUCCUUCCCUUGCCCGCAGAAAUAGAUGUGUUGCAAGCAGGCGUUGCCACUACCGAAGAGCUUCCCAAACUUUUCUCCCCUGUUAGGCAGGCUGAAGGCGAUGCUGGAGAGUCUAUUUUCCAUGCCAGGGGAAAGAUUCCCGAAAAUGAGUGUUAAACUUACAGGCAGGUUAAUUUGAGUAGGUUUUGCUUGACGUCAGAGGCUCGUCUCUUUUAAAACAACGUGCUUGUGAGCUGAUGCAUUUGUGUCACUUUUCUUCUUCCCACCUUUUGUUUUUCCGUGGGUGCAAAGUAUUUACUUUUUGCCGUCACGUCUGCCAGCCUGGAAGCCUACAUGUAACAAUUAUUUCUGUGUCGUAGCCGUAGCGGGGAAGGUACUAAAAUCGCCGUACAUAUUUAAAAGAAAAAAAAAAAAAAGUUUGAGUUUUCAUGUAAAUAAAUUAAAUGUGGUUUUCUGCUUCGUCCUAUAAGCAUCUAGGGACCUGUGGUUACCAAUCAAUUGGUACAACAGAGCAGAGCCAGGCUGCAAUAGCGUGCAGAUCAGACGCCUCGCCUUGUUUCUAGAUAACUGGGAGCCUCUGUACCAUGUCCUAUCCUCAGUUUGGCUACCCUUACUCCUCUGCACCCCAGUUCCUGAUGAGCACCAACUCCCUGACGACCUGCUGCGAGUCCAGCAGCCGGACGCUGGCCGAGACGGGGGCGGCCGCCUCCGCCCAGACGCCCGUGUACUGCCCGGUGUACGAGAGCCGCCUGCUCGCCACCGCCCGCCACGAGCUCAACUCCGCCGCCGCCCUGGGCGUCUACGGCGGGCCCUACGCCGGGCCCCAGGGCUAUGGGAACUACGUGACCUACGGCACCGAGGCUCCCGCCUUCUACUCGCUGGUAAGCCGCCCCGGGGAUGCUCGCUCCCUCCCUCCCGUCGCUGCCCCGGGGGCGGGGGCCGCUCGGCGGGACCCCCUCCCCGGGCGGGGGCAGCCCCGGGCGCUUCUCCUCCGCCCCGCCGUGCCCAGCCCGCGCUCGGCAGCUGCUCCCGGCUCCAGCCGCCCCUCGCUCCUCGCGGCAUCGCAAUUAAAAGUCGCGCCUGACGAGCUGGCGGCCGAGGGCGGAGGGCCCGUCCGGGCGGGCAGUUUCGGGCGACCCGAUGGCGGUGCGGCCGCGGGGGCUCGGCCGGCAGCUCGCCCCCGGGGCGGGCCUCGCUGGUGGGGGCGGCCGCGGGCCUCGCUGGUGGGGGCGGCCGCGGGGCAGUGCGGCGCCGACAGUGACCGUGUGUCUUGUUUUUGCUGUCCCUUCCCCCGCCCCCGCCCCGCAGAACCCACGGGCAAGGAGGAGAAGGAACUGGAGCUCAGCGACCUGGAGGACUUGGACGCCGCCGAGUCGGAGAGCUCGGAGUGCGAGCUGAGGCGGCCCUUCCCGCACCCGCUCCCGCACCCGCACCCGCUCCCGCUCCCGGGCGGCAGCCACCCGCCGCGGGCCGCCGAGCUCCCCGCCAAGAUGCCGCCGCCGGCUGCCGCCGGGGAGGAGGAGGAAGAGGAGGAGGCGGCGGCAGAGCGGGCGCGGAGCUGCCUGAAGACGGCGGCCGAGGAGUGCGGCCCCGACCCCCUGGGCGCUCGGCAGCGCGGCUGCGAGUCCAAGAUGUGCUUCCAGCAGGGGCAGCAGCUGCUGGAGGCGAAGCCCCGGAUUUGGUCCCUGGCGCACACUGCCACCUCCCUCAACCAGGCCGAGUACCCCUCCUGCAUGCUGAAACGGCCGGGGGGCUCGGCCGCCGCCGCCGCUCCCGCCCCGGUCAGCGUCAUGGACAGGCACCAGGACUCGCCGGUCACCAACCUCAGGAACUGGGUGGACGGGGUGUUUCACGACCCCCUGUUCAGGCACAGUACUUUAAACCAAGCCCUGAGCAACACGACAGUUUCCUGGGCUACCACCAAAGGAGCCAUUCUGGAAACGGGCGCCUUGGGACGCGCGGUGGGGAACGGCGCCAAUGUGCUCAAGGGGCAGCUCUCAAACCUGGCCCACCAUGACUCAAACAAAGAGUUUCUGGCGUUCCCCAAAUCAGGAAGCAAAAUGUUUUGUUCCUAACAGGCCCGCCGAGGGGCAAAGGACUUUCUAACGCUUGAAGAGUCAGCUACACUGAAAAGAGACUUGCAAGAGUUUAAAUUUAAAUAUAAAACUUUUUCUUCUUCUUUUUUUUUUUAAACAAACAACAUAAACGAGGAUUUAAAGUUCAGUUUGCUCAGUUCAACGGAAAGACUUUGCUCAUUGCUGUUCUGAACAUUUUCUCCUGGCUGCGACUUUAAGGGAUCAAUGUCGUGAAAGUUAUUUAAUUCCAUGUCCAAAAAGCACGUACUAUAGUGUAGACCUACUUAAAAAGUUUACAUCCGAAAGUUUACAAACGGGAAAUUUUAAUUCAGAUUUAAUUUAAGGCAUGCCGACAUUAGUUGUAAAGACUUUUCGAGAAUUUUUCCUCCUGAUUUCCUUGUUAGCAUAUAAUUCACAAACAGCACUUCUACUAAGUUUACACCUACUGCACAAAUUUAUCUUGACAAAAAAAAAUAUGUUAAAGGGUAUGCUCACUCCAAUAAAUUGUCUGUUUCAGAGGUAA